GUUGGUUGGGUUAGUUGACAGGUUGGUUGGGUUAGUAGACUGGUUGGUUGGUUUGUGCUUGGUUGGUAGAUUAGGCUGGACUGAUUAGUUAGUAGAUUGGGUUAGUUGAUUGUUUGUUAGUUUGGUUGGUUAGUAGGUUAGAUCAUCAUCAUCAUCAUCGGCUCUAGGUGUAAGACGUCAUGACUGGAGCGGAGGCUGACGACGACAUCCCGUUAGGAGAACGAAAGACCGUCACCGACUUCUGCUACCUGCUGGACAAGUCCAAACAGCUCUUCAACGGGCUGAGGCAGGUUCUGGACACCAGGUACGGCUUGAAGAGAUGGCAAAUCGGAGAAGUUGCUUCCAAAAUUGGACAACUUUAUUACCACUAUUAUCUUCGUACAUCAGAGACGAGUUACCUGAACGAAGCGUUUUCCUUUUACUCGGCCAUCCGUCAGCGCUCCUACUACUACCAGGUCAACAAGGAGGACAGGCCUGAGCUGGUGGUGAAGAAGCUGAGGUACUACGCUCGCUACAUCGUGGUGUGUUUACUCCUCAACAAGAUGGAUCUGGUCAAGGUUCUGGUCAAGGAACUAUCAGAGGAGAUCGAGGACUACACUCAGCGCUUCAACACCGAGGACCAGCUGGAGUGGAACCUGGUCCUGCAGGAGGUGGCAGCUUUCAUCAAGGCGGACCCGGCGGUGGUCCUGAGUGACAGCAGCUCUGUGGUGGUCUUCAGUAACAGGAUGCAGGACGGCAGUGUUCCCCCCCUGGAGCAGGGCAUGGUGGUGGGGCAGCUGGUCCUCGCUGACGCCCUCAUCGUGGGCAACUGGAACAACCAGGUGAAGUUCAGCGAGUUGACCAUCGACAUGUUCCGCAUGCUGCAGGCUUUGGAGAGAGAACCUGUGAACCUGGCCACCCAGACCUCCAAGCAGGGCCCACUGGAGUUACCUGCCAACAGCGUCCUGCUGGUGUAUUUAUCAGCUACAGGAGUUUUUCCUGCUGGACACUCAGAUUAUGAAGUGGGCCCGUAUGACUUUGGAGGGGUUCUGACCAACACCAACCGGGACGUGGUGAACGGGGAGACGGUGCAGAAGAGGAACCAGGCCCAGAAGGAGAUGCACUGCCUUCAUCCAGGAGAUCUGUUUCCUUUUACCAGGAAGCCUCUUUUUGUCGUCGUGGACUCUUCAAACAGCGCAGCGUAUAAGAACUUCACAAACCUGUUUGGUCAGCCUCUGGUGUGUCUGCUGUCACCUACAGUUUAUCCUAAGAGUGUUCCAGACCCGUCUCAGCGGGGGAGUCUCUUCACUCUCUUCCUCUACAGUCCUCUGCUGGCGUUCUCCUCCAUCUGUGGUCUGAGCACCGUUGGACAAGGUCUCUGGGACCAGGCCCAGGAGUUCCUCCGUAAAGUCUUCCGGGACAUUGGGCAGAUGAUCACUCGCUCCCGGACCAUCGAUCAGGCCUUUUUGCAGUUUUUUGGUGACGAGUUCCUGCGGCUGCUGCUGAUCCGGUUCGUGUUCUGUUCGGCUACAUUCCGACUCCAUAAACUUUUCCGGGAGUGUCGGAGCUUCCCGGAGUCGUACCCUGAGCUGCCGCAGCAGGACACGGUGGAGAGCGGCCUCCUGCAGAAGCACAUCCUGGACCUGGCCGCCAUGCUGGACGUCCAGAACUUAUUUUGGGACAAUUCACUGGAAACCUACUGACGUGUCCCCGACAGAGCUCCAGGUCCAGCCCUGAUCCACCUGUCUCUGUGGAACCUCCCAUCAGCCAAUCAGCCUUCAGAGCUCAUCAAUUAUUUAUUAUCGUUUGUUGAACAAAGACACUGAGACCUUUCAGAAUAAGAGCACAGCAGAAUGAAAUCUGAGGCUGAAACAUGUAAACUACUAAAUAAUCCGACUGCAGCAGGCAGAGUUCUGUUUGAUCCGGUCAUCUUUAUUUAGUCAAAUAUAUUUACAUCAUGAACCAACAGCCAGCCAAUCAGCUUUAACCUCCAUGCUUUUAUUUUGGAGGUUUAGAAAAGUCAAGUCUUGCUGCGAGACCAGGAUCUAUUUGGUCUCAGAACCAGGACCCCGGAGUUCCUGCUGCGUAAUGUGGUCCCUCAAGGUUCCAGCUUCAGACCCACAGGAAAACACCAGCAGACUUAAGCCCCGCCCAAAUCAGCUUAAACAGCUGAUUAACACACAGCCGAACUUCGGCUGCUGYCCGUUUCCUGACCCACAGUGGGGUCAUGGGAACCAUCAGAAAAGCUGAAGCCAGGAUGUCACUGGUCUGCUACUGACCCCCACUGACAAGAACCGAAGGUCYGGGUCCAGAACCCGCUCCUUUAGCUCCUCUUUGAACCUGUUCUGAUGGACCGACUCUUCCUCUCAGCACGUAGCUACAGAAGCUGCUCACGCAGCUGGAGACCUGCUGAUGCUUUAAUCUGAUUCAUCCAGUAAGAAUGGUACAAAUCUGCUCCUAAUCUGGUCUUAAUCUGGUCCUAUUCUGGUCCUGAUCUGGUUCUAAUCUGGUCCUAAACUGGUCUUAAUCUGGUCCAAUUCUGGUCCUGAUCUGGUUCUAAUCUGGUCCUAAACUGGUCUUAAUCUG